AUGUAAGUCAUUUAAGAAAUGAUAGAAGAAUUCAAUACUUUAAGAUAAUAAGUAUAUGAAGCAGAAUUUAGAAUCUAAUAAUUUAUUGAUGAUGAACAAACUUGUAAUAUCAAAUAAUAAAAACUCUAUCCUGAUGAACAAUAAUAAAAAACUUAGAAAUUAAAUAUCAAAAUUCAAAAUGAUUAACUAAAUAAAAUCACUCUAGCUCUAACUAAUUCAUUAACUAGAGUUAUUAAAGAUCUUUAUUAUGAUGAAGAUAAAGAUUUAAUUAUUAUUAAACUAUAAGAACAUGGAAUUAUUAUUGAAUUAGAAAUGAAGUAAAAUGAUUUAAUAAGAAUUAAACUUCAAUAAGUUGGCAGAAGGGAUUAUACAUUACUUGAUUAAGAACAUUUGAAUGUUGAAGAAAUGCUUUUGAAAUUCUUAGAAAGACCUGAUUAACCAUUUAGCUCCAUUAUUAUCCCUUUCCUUCAAAAUUUAAAUUUAAUUUGA